AUGGCCUUUUGGACAUUCAACCAGCCUCAAAUUGUGAACCUCCAGAAGAUCGAGGCCGGCAUUGAUGUUCGCACUACCAUCAUGUUGCGCAACAUCUCCAACGGUGUCGAUCUCGAGGACCUCAAGAUCUUCCUCGACGCCACCUCGGAGGGUCACUACGAUCUCUCGUACCUCCGUAUCGACUUCUCCAACAACCUGAAUGCUGGAUCUUCAGCUUCGACUCUAAGAUCGCUCUUGAUUGCUAAAACGCUCCUUGACACUACGUCUCUUGCUGGAGGCAUCGAACUUGUCCGCCCGAAGUUCAUCACAAACUUCAUCCAGCGUCGCGUGGGCAAGGGGUCAAACAUGUACGGUUCCAUGAAGAAGUGCGAUGUUUCCUAUGCCACCAUACAGGGCAUCGACUGUCUGCUGGCCAAGUUCCGCAACUCGGUCGUUAUGGAGGAGAUCCCCCGUCACCGCCCUCAGUUGUGGUACAGCAUCGACUCCACCGACUUGCCCACCAUUGCAUGCAUGCUCGACAUAGAGGCCGUUGGUGUUGACUCGUCAAGGUCAGUCAUUCUUUUGUUGGUGGUUGAUCAGGCCCUUCGCGCCGGGAUCGCCGCCUGUAUCAGACACAUGCAUGUCCUUCUAUUGUCAUAG